GCCCUGUGGUUUACGUGCUGGACCUGGCUGACCGCCUCAUCUCCAAGGCCGGCCCCUUUGCUGCAGCGGGCAUCAUGGUGGGCUCCAUCUAUUGGACAGCUGUCACUUACGGAGCCGUCACUGUCAUGCAGGUGGUAGGCCAUAAGGAGGGGCUGGAUGUCAUGGAGCGAGCAGACCCCCUGUUCCUGCUCAUCGGGCUUCCCACCAUCCCUGUCAUGCUGAUCCUCGGCAAGAUGAUCCGCUGGGAGGAUUACGUCCUGCGGCUGUGGAGGAAGUACUCCAACAAGCUCCAGAUCCUCAACAGCAUCUUUCCAGGGAUCGGCUGCCCGGUUCCUCGCAUCCCCGCAGAGGCCAGCCCGCUGGCCGACCACGUCUCAGCCACACGGAUCCUGUGCGGCGCUCUGGUCUUCCCCACCAUCGCCACCAUCGUGGGGAAGCUCAUGUUCAGCAGCGUCAACUCCAACCUGCAGAGGACCAUCCUGUUCUUCCUCAGUGAAGGGCAUCAUGUUAGUGAGAGCAGACUUAUGGAGCUGAGCUCGUCUCAGGAUGAAGCGGCUGAAUAUGGAGAGAAAAUAGACUCACUCCCAUUUGUGUGUGCGUAUUCUUGACUUGUGGAUAAAUUGGAAUUUGUGAGUGCGUUGACUUUUUUAUAUUAAUUAUUGGGAAUAUUGGUUUAGGAAAGUGGGAAAAUGUCCACCAGAUAUUAUUUACAAUCAAAGUUCAAAGCGGCUGAAAAGAAAACUCUCAAGCGUUUCCCCAUUUUUUUGUGCACUUUUUCCCAGACUUGAAAAGGGCUGAGCAUCCAAAGUUGAAGGCUGAUCUACUCAGACUGCCACUUCAGAUUAUUUUUCCAAUCUUUAUUUUCCAUUUAGUCAGUCAGCAGUCAAUAAGUAAAAAUCUUAAAACACACAAUAAUAAUAGCAAUAGAUAUUUCCAAAUUCAAAUUCCAUUACACAAUAGCAAGAAACAACUUUAAUCAAUAAUAAUUAUAUAAUUUCAAGUACUUCAAUUAACUAGCAACCUCUCUAAUUUUACAGUGAAUUCAUGUACUUUAUUUUAAUUAUGUUUUUAUUUAAAUUCAUAAAUCAAGUUCCAAUUCAUUUAAGAAUGUCUUUAAAUUAACUUCAUCAAAAAGUAAUUAUAUUCAUUUGAAAACUUCACACCAUAAAUUUACCAAAGUUACACCGUACACCAGCAGGUUAAACAUUGAAGUGCAUGAAAAUUCCGACCGGUACCUGAAGUACACACAAACAAUUGUGAAACACGCGCCUAGUUCCCACAGCGCACUGAUCGAACAGGAAGUAAGUGAUCAUGGUCAUUCUAGCGCUCAGACAGAGUCACUUCUUACCGGCUGCCUGUUCUACGGAUGGAUUACAAACGUGCACAGGUAGACAUGCUUCACACACGCGCUACCGAGCCUGUAGCUCGCCAGUGCUUUUUCCUGAAUGAAAUACCUGCGUCGCCAAUAAAUGUUCGAUGCAGCGCGCCCAGCUGCACAACAGUUCCGUCACGCAACUCAGACUUGGCUCUGAUGACCCAGCAUCCUAGCAGCAUUUAAACGCAUCACUCACAGACUAAUCUCUGAGACGUGAAGUCUCACAUCAGAUCUGUGUUUAACUGAGGUUUUGCGUGUGCAUAACGAGUGAUUCAUAUGUAAUUUUUAGGGCUGUCAGGUUUGUCGCGUUAAUUACACGUUAAUCUGACGUGCUUGACGCCGGCAAUUUUUUUUAUUUUUAUUUUUUUCCUUCUUUUUACUGAUUUUAACAUAUAAAAAACAGUAAACAACAACACACACUUAGCCCCCCUACCCCCACUGCACCAGAAUAUUACAACAAAGAGCAAAAAAUAGGGUUCCUAAGAAUACAAAAUAAUUAAAAAGAUAAUAAAAGGAAGGUUCACAAUUGUACAGUAAUGGUGUGGCAGAGCUGUACAGGUACACAGACACAAAUCUAUGAGGGAGAAAUGUUGUAAAAAUAAGUAGCUAAAUAAGAUAUCCAUAUGGUGAAAUA